GACCCGAUUCAGCAUUCUAAUGCUCAUUGCUCAAAGAGAAGAGACCAAUCUCAAUCUGGAGUUCUAGACCCGUCUGUCACUGGAACUCGAUUCGGGCAUUCAACAUAAAACAGAGCUGCAUCUGGUUACAGAUAAAUCUGCUUGUGGACUGGKUACGCUACGGUUGUUCCCUUUUUUAUGCUGCCGGCGGGCGCCAAAUACAAUGAUACAAUGGAUUGCGGCCUUUUGUUGUCGCUGUUCUUCUUCGUCCUUCUAAUCCCCUCUUCAAUUGGAAAACCUGAUGGAGUGUGCAUUUCCCAAGGUGGUCGAUUCCCUCCAUUCUCAUCUGAAGGGAGUGCUCCAAGAAAAGCAACCAAGGGUCCGAAAGACUUGACCCUCUGCCGGGUAUUCCGUAGAAAAACAUGUUGUGAUGUAGCCCAGACACAUCCGGCUUUGCUUUCAAUUAGAAGACUGGCUUCUACAGGGGAAGCCAACCAAGAGUGUUUGCAAUUAUGGGAGUUGUUGGAGUGUUCUAUUUGUGAUCCACGUGUUGGUGUCCAGCCUGGACCUCCUCUUAUAUGUGCCUCUCUUUGUGAUAGAGUCUUUCAGGCUUGCUCUAAUGCCUACUUCUCUAUGGAUGUAAAGACCCAGGUUCUGUCUCCAUGCGGAUUAAGUGAAUUUAUUUGUGGAAGAGCUUCUGAAUGGGCCCCUAAUGGUACAGAGCUCUGUCGCCUUGCAGGUUUUGCUGUUAAACCAUCUGAAGAUAGCUAUCAGAGCACUGAGCAGCCUUCUUGCUAUGGAGGAAAGGCCAGUUUGGACUCUAUUGCUGAUUCAUGGAAGACUUCACAAUCUCAGGUGCCCCAGAAAAAUGAAAACUCAGGGGUACUUGAAGAUUUUCAGCAGUGGGUAAGGGAAAUGCCAUUUAGUAAAAGAGUUUCAUGGGCAGUGGGAGGCAUGGUGCUUACAACAGGGCUUCUGUUUAUAAGCAAAAGGAAGAGCUAUAGCCACCGGCAAAAGCAAGCAGCUAUUCUACGCACUGCAAAGAGACUGGAAGCUAAGAUGAACCAGCAGUCUUCUGUCAAUCAAUGGAACAGGAAGGGGGGUGGAAGAUAAAGUUUGGUUGCGGCUUGCAGCCUCGGAGGUUGGAGCUCAGCUUGGAAAACUUGGGGUUGGGGGGGGCUUCUAGGGCUUAUCCGCAUCCAGGGGAUCUGUCUUCUGCACAGCCAAUGGCAACAUCGGUUGUUAACGGGGCAGCAACCCGCGUGUUCAAAUUUCAAGUUCCCAUGGAAUACUGUAUUAAUAUUUUAUUUUCUUUUCUUUUUCCAAUUUUCUGCGUCCAAUGUCACCCUUGCUGCACGUCAAGGGUAGUUGUUCUACAAGUACAGAUCACUUAGAAUGCGACUUUCCGAUCGUGUCAGUGGAAUUUGAGAAAUCCAAUUGGGUGGGUUGUCCUGCUGUUUGGGAAGAUUAUAAAUGCAAAUAUGCAAUAUGAUACAAAAUAUAAGGUUUUGCACUUUACAUAUUUGCAUUUGUACUCCUUCCAAAAGUGCUAAUAGGUAUGUUGCAGUGUUGCACCGCUGAAGUUCUUCUUUGGACAUCGUGGCUCGUGCUGUUGCCUGUAUCGGUAUUCUUGUUGGAUCCGUUCCAGUUCUUCGCUUCCUCAAUUGCAAUUAGAUGGCAAAUAAUACACUAAUCAUAUUAUUUA